AGUCUGUGGCGAUGCCAGUGUGUGGUGUCGUCAUAGACAAUAUUUCAAAAUCAGCGCAGAUCACCAGCGGAGCAUGGUGAUCAUGAAUUUACGAAAUACGCCUUUCGUAUGGACGGCGUUACUAAUCGUGUUUGCAACUGUGUCCACUGACUCUGUUGAGGGUCAGUAUGCUCGGCCGACAUUUGAUGAUGACGAUGAUUUUGGAUAUGUGCCUCCUGCAGCUCCAUCGGCUAAGCCAGGAACUGUUACUGUACAGCUACCUGCUUUAGCACCUCAGCCCCAGGAUGAACAGGCCAGACCUGUCGACAUUCAGUCGCCCGCCGGAGUAGUCGUUCCCAUAGCGUCGGUACAUCCGACUGAAUUCUCUACCGCUGCGUUAAAGCCUACCUCACCUCCAACAUCGACCAUUCGUUCUCAAAGGCGACGCAAGAAAAAAAAACCUCAAGUAGAUGUAGCUACACUAUUACUUGACCAUGACGGGCUUACUGAACGGGUUCCGCUGAUUACAAUUGAUCAGCAGGUAGUACAACCACGAGACGACGUAAAUCCGGUUAUUCUGUCACCUGACGACAAUACUGGAUUAUCACAAACAUACCAAGUACCAACAUCGCCCGCGAUACCCGCAAGAGAGCCUACUAUUUCGGCAACACCUAUCGCUGUUGUUCCAUCUACGUCUGCAAAAAUUUUCCCUGAUAAGCUUAAUAUUGUCUCUGACGCUCCUCCUGGAGUAGGUCCAACAAUCCCCGAAAAACCUCUUUCUGGCCUAAAUACUUCCGAUGUAAAAAUUGGGUUAACCCAUGCUGAAUUAAUUGCAGCAGAGCCCCUAGAUCUUUCUCCUGUGCCUCCACCUCUGCAUCCAUCCACUGUCCCGGUAGAGCUAUCGACGACGACUCCAGGUGCAGCAACACUUUCAGUUAAAGAUGAAUUUGGUGGACCCACGACGGCCACUCGGAUUGAGCCCUUCUCAGUAUCUCAGCUUGAACCUGUUCCCCCAAGUAGGGCUAAACCUGUUACGGUAAUUUCUAUGCUUUCUGGCACCAAACAGCUAAUCCCGAAAGUUUCACAGGGGAUGAGUGUCGUUAGGGCCCACAACGGCCCCACAAACCUUACUGCUUUUCCCAUAGUGUCUGCUCCUUUUCCAGCGUUAGAAACUCCUAUUGUCACAGUGUACAAUGCAAAUCCGAUUCCGCCUGUGGCGGCUGUGCCAGUAGUAGGACAAAAUAUGGUCCCACAAAGAAAUGCUGAAGUAACUUCUCACAUUGAAAGUCAAUCCUCACCUAUUGCCCCAGAAGUUUCAACACCGUCUACUGCUCCUGAUCUGCCCAGUAAGCCUAUUCAGCUUUCAGCGAUUUCGUCUGGGACUACCGUUUCGCCCGUUAGUCUGAAACAGCUCAUUCCGACUGACUCUGCAAGGCCCGUGUCUGCCCCCGCACUUAAAAUAGAUAUACAACACCCCGUUGGGACAUCCGCGGCUUCACCUCCCCCCCUCAGAUCACCUGCGGUAACGCCGUCCCCCAACGGAAAUUCAUUUAGUUUCAUGCGACUCGGCGGCUAUGGCUUUGAUACCGGCGAUAUACCGGAAACGUACCAGCUGGCUCCAGCUAAAGAGAUGUUACCUGAAUUGGUGCCGGCAGGAGUACGAGUACGAACAAAAUCCGGCAUAAUUACAUCUGUGCGAGGCAAACCAGGCCUAUAUGGCAUUCACCCUACUCCACCUCCGGAUCCCACUCAUGCUAAACUUCGUCCAGUGCAACCUCCCGAAAUCGUCUACCUGAACCAACCACCCAAAACUGUUCCUUCACAGCCAGGCCAUGCAAUUAGUGAAGCGCCCGUUCCAAGAGUACAAACAGCUGUUCCCGUUGCGCCGGUAAACCCGCUCAUUGUUCAACAGAUUCCAGUUCCUGUACUUGCUAUUCAGCCACCCAAAGCCUUUAAAGUUUCACGUUUAGUACCUGCAAGUCAAUCAGCUGUCAAUUUAACUACAAAACUCGCUUACCAAGAACCGGUUAGGCCUCUUUUGCCCGGAAGACAAGCAACUGUCUCGUCCAUUCACGAUACGUCUUCUGCUAAUGAAUCUCAACGAGUUAGCCCUAUUCAAACCUUCGGAGCUAGUCCCGCAAAACAUUUGAUUGCCGGCCUUAAAUUUGCUCCUAAUUACCAACAAGCAAACGACGCCAAAUUGCCUUCACUUAGGCCGCAUGCUAAUAUCUCACUCGAUUCAAGCCUUCCGCUCCAACAAGUAAGCACAGGUGAUGAUGUUCCACUGACGCCUAUCACAAUUUCGGCUUUGCGCUCUGGCUCUGCGGAACAAGUUACCGGUCCCGACUCUAACGUAAAGCUGGUUACACCAGCUACUCCACAAGUUAGUACGUCUCCUUUGACCAGAAAAGAUAUUGGCCCGAAGCCUUCUUAUGUGUCUUCGAUCCGCGAGCCUGAUCAAGAGACAAAAACACCUAUACAUGUUAUUCAAUCACCUGUUCUCACUCAAGUGUCACGCCCGGCUCCUAUCGAAGAGUUUUUUGGCCGUCCUAGAUCGAAUCCUAAAUACCAACAGAUUGCAAUCAGUCCGACCAGUGGAACAACAAUAUCAUCCGCCCGCCCCGUUUCUUCCCUUAGAUUUCCGCAGUCACAGUCUACAUUAAAUACCAUGCCCGGGCUCCAAUCUCCACCCUCCAUUCAGGUAUCGCGACCAACACAGUUGUACCAAGUCCCUAAAAUUACAGAACCCAAACCGACGCUACCUUUACCUGGGCAAAUUGUGUCUGGCAUACCUAUAAAUGUGAUACCAUCAGGACGCACAGUUCAACCAUCCCGUCGCCGAAGACCCGCUUACAAACCAUUAGUUCAAAGCUCAAUCACACUUUCUGAAAAAAACCCUAAACUCAAGACAGUUGCUGCGGUUGACUCAGUUUCUCCGCCUAAUCCUCAAGUCACUUCUUCGGCUUACCGUCAAGCUUCGACUCGACUUCAGAUGCCUACUGUGAGUUCAGUUAAACCAAUUCGAACUGGCUAUGUUGCCCCCGUCCCUCAAGUUAUUCAGACAGUACCGCACACAACUAUUUCGAUUUCUAACAGACCCACCCCUGACGUUCCGUUGUCUACGCCUCGAUUCGGCCAACGAAUUCGGCCAUUUACGUAUGCUGCAGCUGGUCCUGUAUCUCCUGCAACUACAGUCAACGCAGAAGCACCUCUUCAGGGACCAGUCGACGCUGGCAGGAAACCUACCCAGCCAAAUAGCAUAUCACGACAAGUGGCUGAUCGAGUACCAAUAGUAUCUGUUAUUAAUGAGCUACCUUCCAGUCAAAGAGCUUCGCAAAGGUCAACAUUUCAGGCAUCAGCCCAACGUCGUCCUCUAAAUUCAGCCGCAAUUAGUCCUAAAACAAUCGUAACAAGCUUUGAAACUCCACAAUUUGCCACUGCCGUUCCAUCUUCCAUUACAACUCACGACAAACCUUUCACAGUCGACUCAACUCUACCAACGUUAACUGUCCCGCCACUUCAAUCCGUUCACGAGCCGUUAACGCUGCUUUACGAAACCCUAGGACCUAACCAAAAUGUAAACUCCCAUAUCGAUGUCCAACCUGUGAUCACUAUUCAGCUUAGCCGGCCGAAAGAGAGAUUUAGAGUUCCAUCGAAGACAGCCUAUACGACAAAUAAUACGUCAACUUCUCAAUUAGAACCAGAAAAAAAUUUGUUUAGCCCAAUCGGGCCAGACAGUCCUGAUCGCUAUAAUGGUCUUAAGCCCCGUUCUGAUACCCGACCAGCGAUAAUUGCUCCGCUUAGCCACCCUAUACAAAGGAUUAGCAUCCCAUUAAAGCCUGCUCACAAAGCGUCACGUGUUCUUUUGGAGGCAGGUAGCCCUUCUAGCGGACGCCUGCCUACUCCGAUUGAGGCUGUAGGCCCUGGCCGCAUUAAUGCUUUUACGCCACUCCUUAAUAUUCAGUCGGCGGAUUCCGUACCCCUUAAUCCGCAAAUAGAAAGAGAUAGCGUCCCGGCUACGUUUACCUAUAACGCUCCUCAUACGCUUCAGCAGCCAGCGCGUCCGAUCAGCCGACUUCCAUAUACUGAAACAAGUGAACUAACAUCUACCCGGUAUACGGAUUCCAACUCGCGGGAACUUCUUGAGUCUCAAACACCUAGAGAUUCCCAAGCAGUUCACAUAUCUGGUCAAAAUAAGCCGAUAUCUCCCCUGGUUUCACAUCUUACUAGCAAAAAUAUACAAUCAUCUAAACCUGUUGCCCUUACUUCUUCCGUUGAGCGGACUUCACCGACAAACGGAAACUCUUUCAGUUUUAUGCGAAUCGGAGGAUAUGGAUUUGACCAUGGGGAGAUACCUAAAGCUUACCAAAUAGCCCCGGCCAAAGAAAUGCUACCAGAACUGGUGCCAGCAGGGGUGCGUGUGCGCACCAAAUCUGGCGUCAUUAGCUCGGUGCGUGGAACACCUGGCCUCUAUGGCAUUCACCCAACACCUCCACCAGACCCAACCCAUCAUAAAAAACCAGCUCCUGCUCCACAAAUCGUUUACCUCAAAGAAACACAAGAAGGUCCGUCUUCCACGAGUCGUCCCUUCUUACAGACAACCCACAGGGGAGCCCCUGCACCUACGGCGCCGACAGGGGUCGCGCGAACAAUUACAGCUCAGAACCUUACCGUUCGCCGCCCACCCAUACCCACCAGUAUGGGUCAGACAAGGAUACCUCUUUUUCUUUCGACUUCGCAACCUGCAAAUCAACAGACAGAUGCUCCGACUUUUUCGUUUGGAGUCCAAGCAAAUACCAUUCAAGGGUAUCCAGUCCCUAGCAGUCUAGACCUGAGCCCUCAGAUUAAAGUAACCUUAGCAUCGCCUCAACCGCAGGUUGUGCCCCAACAAAGCCCAAAUACUAUCCCUCCGUCUCCUCAUCAAACAAUUUCAGCACUACGCCAAACCGCUAAUUUGCACAAAGCUUCCUCUAGGCCACAAAUCGUGCCAUUACGAGCCUCGUCUCCGACGUCAGCACCAGCACUUCCCCACAUCGUGCCGGUUUCUGGAGCUCCACACAAACCUUUGGCAGGACCAUCAAACGUGUUUUCCCCAACGAUAUCGCUUAAUACGCCCGGAGGUUCAGGCAGUUAUGGUAACGAUCUCAGCGAUUUCGAAGAUUUUGAAACACCAACCACUCAGGCAGUGCCAAUCGACAAAAUAGCCCAAGUAGCCUCCAGUUCAAGGUCUAUCAGGUCCAUCGCAACCUCGGAUCCGGCCACAGUUUCCCGCAGGAAAGUCGAAAUGACAUACCCGUAGGUUCACCUGAUGGCAACAACGAAGCUGUUAAUGUGUUCAUUGGAGGCUUAAGUGAAGGACAAAGCCGGAUGUAGGCACACUUCGUUUCGUCUGGGAGCCAGUCGUCUGAAGCAGUUCUUAAUGGCAGGACGGGCAGUAAACAUUUUCUUGUUGUUUCAGGAUGAUAAUGCUUACUGUAUAAUAAAUGUGUCUGUAAAAAUUUGGUUACUCAUAAUAUGUUUUGUAUCUU